ACGGCAUUUUAUAUCGUGCAGCCAAUUUCGUGUACAGUUAUAUUUAAUACCACUAGCAAGCAAGCAUAGGCCUAUCAUGAGAUUUUUUAAUGUGACAAAAUGUCAUUUACACAACAUCACAGAGGCACAUGGAAAUGAAAUGACAAUGCAAGUGAUAUUUUACUGAAAACACUGUAUGUAUCCCCAAAUAUGUGGUAGAUUUUGUUAAAGUUUCCAGACCAAAAUGGACCAUAGUUGAAGAAUGACAUACGUUUACAUAUCUAUACAAAAUAGAUCGCACUACCACCAUAUCAUGAAGCAUUCAAGGUGACAUCAGCUGACUUUGAGCAGCGGUCAGGCCCGUCUUAGUGGGAGUGACUAUGUAAAUCAGCAUCAAAGGGACACAGACUAAAUGCUGGGGCAUCCCUCAUCUGAUUGGGCGCCUUUGUUCUUUCAAAUCGAGGUGUCCUCUCUCCUUUAUUGGCACCAACGGGCCCCUGAGGGGGACAAGACAUGUUUUACAGUAACACUGUCCUCCAUGCUGCAUGGACUGUUACACUGCUGGCAUGAUGGAGUGACACUGUAAAGGAAAGAUGGCCUGUCAGAGACAUGAUAAACCAAACAGACUGAAGGAAGAGCUGAGCUGCAUGCUGGUUGGUGAUGGAGCUGUGGGAAAGACCAGCAUGAUCAUCAGCUACAUCUUCAAUGGAUACAACAGCGAGUACAGACAAACAGCGUUUGAUGUUUUCACUGGUUUGGUUCAUGUGAGUGGAAUUCCAGCUCGAAUCAAGCUGAUAGAUACUGCUGGACAGGAGGAGUUUGGUCACCUUCGCUCUCUGUGCUAUGCCCACGUGGACGUCUUCAUCCUCUGCUUCAGCCUGGUCAACCCCGUCUCCUUUGAGAACAUCACCUCUAAAUGGAUCCCACAGAUCAGAGCCGGCAACCCGACCUCUCCCAUCGUCCUGGUUGGAACUCAGUCAGACCUUUGCCACAAUGUGGACGUCCUCAUUCAUCUGGACGAGCGCAACACCAAACCAGUGCACUUCAGGCGGGCCAGAAGGCUAUCACGCAGGAUCAGAGCUCAUGGCUACGUGGAGUGUUCAGCUCUGACACAGCACAACCUCAAAGAUGUGUUUGACUGUGCUAUAUUUGCUGCCAUCAAGCACAAGAGCACUGGCACCAAAUCUAAAAAGCUCAGCCUGCUCAAGCGUUUGAAGACUUUUUGUGAUUGUGGAUGGAAGAAAAUCUCCAGAUUCAUCUGAUGUGGAACCAAAGAGUGGAUUAACUGUUGCUACUGUGAUUAGUGGAGGCAGUUUUUGGGGGAUUCUUAUGACAAAUCAUGCAUUUAUAUCAAACUAUUUCUCCGCAGAAUAUGAA